GAGCGACCGAGCCUCUUCUGCCGCGUCCUGCGCAAAGGAGGGCAAAGUUGCGAGCGGAUGCUGCCGGCGCCGGACCCCAGCCGCGGACAGUCGGAUCCGCCCCCGCCGGAGGAGGCUCGGCGGCCGGGGACGAGGGUGUCGCCCACCUGAAGACGGCAAGCCAGAUCCUGAGUGAUGCUGCUGAGCUGACAGCCCACGGCCCCACCGUUCCCCAUGGAGAAAGGACUCGCUUUACCCCAGGACUGCUGGGACUUUCUGCACAGCCUGAGGAUGAGGAGCAAAUAUGCCCUUUUCCUGGCUUUUGUGGUGGUGGUUUUUGUCUUCAUUGAAAAGGAAAAUAAAAUCAUAUCAAGGGUAUCAGACAAGCUGAAGCAGAUCCCGCAACCCCUGGCUGAUGCCAACAGCACCGACCCAGCCCUCAUCUUGGCCGACAAUGCAUCCCUGUUGUCCCUGAGUGAGCUCGAUUCGGCCUUCACCCAGCUGCAGGGCCGCCUGCGAAACCUCAGUCUGCAGCUGGGUGUAGAGCCGGUGGGGGAAGAGGCUGGGGCGGAGGCUGAGGUUGCAGCUGGGGACGAGGGGCCACCGCCACCCCCGGGGGCCGGGCCCCGGCGCCACGUGCUGCUUAUGGCCACCACGCGCACCGGCUCCUCAUUCGUGGGCGAGUUCUUCAACCAGCAGGGCAACAUUUUCUACCUCUUCGAGCCGCUGUGGCACAUCGAGCGCACGGUGUCCUUCGAGUCGGGAGGUGCCAGCGCUGCGGGCUCAGCCCUGGUCUACCGCGACGUGCUCAAGCAGCUGUUUCUGUGCGACCUGUACGUGCUGGAGCACUUCAUCAGCCCGCUGCCCGAGGACCACCUGACCCAGUUCAUGUUCCGCCGCGGCUCCAGCCGCUCGCUAUGCGAGGAGCCCGUGUGCACGCCCUUCGUCAAGAAGGUCUUCGAGAAGUACCACUGCAAGAACCGCCGCUGCGGGCCCCUCAACGUGACGCUGGCCGCCGAAGCCUGCCGCCGCAAGGAGCACAUGGCCCUCAAGGCCGUGCGCAUCCGGCAGCUGGAGUUCCUGCAGCCGCUGGCCGAGGACCCGCGGCUGGACCUGCGCGUCAUCCAGCUGGUGCGGGACCCGCGCGCCGUGCUGGCCUCCCGCAUGGUGGCCUUCGCGGGCAAGUACGAGGGCUGGAAGAAGUGGCUGGCUGAGGGGCAGGCGCGCCUGGGGGAGGAGGAGGUGCAGCGGCUGCGGGGCAACUGCGAGAGCAUCCGGCUGUCCGCGGAGCUGGGGCUGCGGCAGCCCGCCUGGCUGCGCGGCCGCUACAUGCUCGUGCGCUACGAGGACGUGGCGCGCUGGCCGCUGCAGAAGGCGCGCGAGAUGUACCGCUUCGCUGGCAUCCCCCUGACGCCGCAGGUGGAGGACUGGAUCCAGAGGAACACGCAGGCGGCGCAGGACGGCAACGGCAUCUACUCCACGCAGAAGAACUCCUCGGAGCAGUUCGAGAAGUGGCGUUUCGGCAUGCCCUUCAAGCUGGCGCAGGUGGUGCAGGCCGCCUGCGGCCCCGCCAUGCGCCUCUUCGGCUACCGGCUGGCGCGGGACGCCGCCUCGCUCACCAACCGCUCCGUCAGCCUGCUGGAGGAGCGCGGAACCUUCUGGGUCACGUAGGCGGCCCCGGGCUCGCGCACGCGCACUCCCCUCCUUGGGAAAGACCCGCCCUUGCCUGCCUUGCCCCCAGGACAGCCGGCGGUGAGCUGGUGGCUCCGGUAGAGGGCGGCCAGGCGGGUGAGCGGCCUCCAGCGGGGCAGGCAGCCUUUCUGGAGCAGUGGGCUCCCCCCAUGUCGCAGCCUGGGGCCUGGGGUCUCUCACCGAGAGCGGGACAGCGCCUGUCCCCCAGGGCUGCCAGGCCAGGACCUAAGGCGCUGUGGUCUCCUGAGUAGGCAUCCAGGCCCGGAGCUAUUGACAACAAGCCUUUCUCUGUCUCUUGUCUCUCUCUCUCUCACACACACAAUAUAAGAAA